CCGCUGUGCCACCGCCUUCUACCUGAGAGGAGCACACCUGGAUCCAACGAGACGGAAGUGUGGUGAAGUCGGAGCAAAUGCUUUUGUCUUUCUAAAAAUUAAACUUUUUUUUUUUGUGUGUGGAAUUAAAGCAGCAAACAGACGAUCCCAAUUAAACCAGGAUGACAUAUCCGUGGAUUUUGAAAUCUUCUUAAAUGGACCACCAAGCGUAAACUUCAGUCCAGCGACUCGUGUACAGCUGGAUCUUCAUCCACAACCAGCCACAGCCAAGUAAGAAGAAUGACGGUUUUUCGAAGAGUUCUCCGAAGACCACUGCACCCACUUAAACUGGCCAUAGUGACCCUAGUGUUUGUCACAUUUCUAUUCUUUAUACAAUGGGAAGUGGGGGCACAAAACCAACAGGAAGAUCCCUGGCUCAAGGACAUGGCAGUGAAGCGCGACAGCAUGCUGGGAAUGGUAAUAGGGGCCGUCAAUAACUUCAAGCAUGCAAUGCCAAAGAUGCAGAUCAAAGCCCCCGUACGGCAGCAGGAUAAACCAGGGGGUGCCUCCUGCCUGCCGGGUCACUAUACUGCUGCUGAGCUCAGGCCGGCUCUGGAGAGGCCACCCCAGAAUCCCCUUUCUCCUGGAGCAGCUGGCAAACCUUUCCACACGGAUUCGCUCAGUCCCGAAGAGCAGAAGGAGAAGGAUAAGGGUGAAGAGAAGCACUGCUUCAACGUUUACGCAAGUGAUCGCAUCUCAUUGAGCCGAGACCUGGGCGCGGAUACAAGACCACCAGAAUGCAUCGAGCAAACCUUCAAGCGGUGCCCCUCCUUGCCGACUACCAGCGUGAUUAUUGUGUUUCACAACGAGGCUUGGAGCACUCUACUGAGGACGGUUUACAGCGUCCUCCAUACUUCCCCUGCAAUUCUCCUCAAGGAGAUCAUCCUGGUGGACGACGCCAGUGUGGAUGAUGUACUGAAGGAUGAGCUGGAUGCGUAUUUAAAGCAGCUGAACAUCGUGCAAGUCGUCCGACAGCGAGAAAGGAAAGGACUCAUAACCGCUCGCCUGCUGGGUGCCUCCUUUGCCACCGGUGACACGCUCACCUUUCUGGAUGCUCAUUGUGAAUGUUUUCAUGGAUGGCUGGAACCUCUCCUGGCAAGGAUUGCUGAGAACUACACUGCUGUAGUGAGUCCCGAUAUAACAACUAUUGAGCUCAACACGUUUGAGUUCAUGAAACCUUCCCCAUAUGGCCAGCACCACAACCGUGGCAACUUUGACUGGAGUCUCUCUUUUGGCUGGGAGACUCUACCAGACCACGAGAAGCAGAGGAGAAAAGAUGAAACAUAUCCCAUAAAGACUCCCACAUUUGCUGGUGGACUCUUUUCAAUCUCUAAAGAAUAUUUUUACCUCAUUGGAAGCUAUGAUGAAGAAAUGGAAAUCUGGGGUGGCGAGAACAUUGAGAUGUCAUUUAGGGUGUGGCAGUGUGGUGGACAGCUGGAGAUCAUCCCUUGCUCCAUUGUCGGUCAUGUUUUCCGGACCAAAAGUCCGCACACGUUCCCUAAGGGCACGCAGGUGAUUGCUCGGAACCAGGUUCGACUGGCUGAGGUCUGGAUGGACGAGUACAAGGAAAUCUUUUACCGUCGGAACCAGCAAGCUGCUCAAAUGGCAAAGGAUAAAAGUUUUGGAGAUAUUUCCAAACGCAUGGACCUCCGGGAGCGGCUGCAGUGCAAAAGCUUCUCAUGGUAUUUGAACAACGUUUAUCCAGAAGUCUUCAUGCCUGAUCUGAGCCCACUCCGUUUUGGCUCGGUAAAAAAUGUGGGCAAAGACACAUGUCUGGAUGCUGGAGAGAACAACGAGGGCGGGAAACCGCUGAUUAUGUACCCAUGUCAUGGACUAGGUGGAAACCAGUACUUUGAGUACUCCACACGUCACGAGAUUAGACACAACAUUCAGAAGGAGUUGUGUUUGCAUGGGGUAGGAGUGGCUGUAAAGCUGGAAGAAUGCCAGUACAAAGGCAGGAAUACGUUUGUAGGAGCCCAACAAAAAUGGGAGCUGAAGGAUAACCAGUUGCUCUACUUGCCAGAUUUGAACAUGUGUCUGAGUGCCCGUCAUGAGGAUCCAUAUUUGGCUCCUUGCAGCCCCUCAGACAGAUAUCAGCACUGGUCCUUCAUCUGAGUGUGCAAACCACUGCUUUGCAAAUGUUUGCUUUGUAUGCAUGAAGCAUUCAAGGACAAGAGUAUCCAAGAAUGUAUGCAGCUUUUUUUUAUUAAAAAGCACAUUGAAUUUUUAUUUAUUUUUUUGUACAUAAAAGGACUUAACUGUGCUGCUGCUGGAAGGUCUGGACUACGGAGAAAUCCAUCAUGUGCCAUGUUACAGGAAUACAUGCAAUUCCUAUAGCAAGGAACCUGCACAAUGGGCAAGUGCCUUUUAUCUUUUAGAUGUCUUCACAACCAAAACAAUAUUAAGGGUUUAAAGCCAGCAUAUAAUUAAGCAAGAAGCUUGUGUGAACUUAAAAAAAAGUGUUUGUUACAAACAACAAAGUGGUGAUAUAAAGAUCAUAGCAAAGAGCUAAACAGUAUGAACAAAAAAAUGUCCCUAACUUUUUAUUUUAGUCUUUAUUAAAUUGGUUGUGGUUGGGUCAUUUUUGAUGAAAACAUUUGAGACUUCAAUAACUGAGGUACACCAACUUUACUUUUAUAAGACCUAUUUUUUAUAAUGUGAAGAGGACAGCUUGAUUUGUUGCCAGUUUGAGAAAGUGUGCGGGUCUUUAAAUAUAAAAUAACAAAAUGUACAUUGACCACAAAUGGAAAUGCUCUUUUGUAAGCACAGGAGCAGCAAAGCAUCAUUAAUGAUUUAGAUGUAUUUUUAAAGUUGCCUAAUUAAUUAAUUAAUGUCAAUUAAUUUGAGGGAUUUUGUGUUUAUGAAAGGAAAACUCAGUUUAACAUAAUGAACUCCAUUUGCUUAGUAAUUAAAUUCCUCAAACGUUCUGUUUGUGUGCAUUUUUGCGGGAGUGAACCUAUGAAUUUCUGGUGCAGGCACUAGUGUUUUGAGGGCUGUGAAUGUUGUGUUGGGGGAUCAGAUUGAAUGUGUUUACUUUUCUGAAAUUGAAAAUGUUUUGUGUUCAGAGUGCCAUAAUGUGAAGAUGUUAUUCUGAUAGCUCAAUAAAUUCUGUUGGAUAAAA